AUGUAUAAGGGGAUCAUCGGGGCCGCCGGGGAGCACCUGUCCCGCCACGUGCUCAGCGAGCGGCUCGUCAUGUCGGGCGAUGCUGGGAGUCCGCGUUUAGGGUCCUCCCCUCUCGCGGCGCUGACCGAAGCCGGCGCCUGGGUAUACCACUCCACCCUGUUGGGCGUCAUGCUAGGAUGGACUGGUGCCGAGAGCCCCGCGUACCUCCUGUGUCCCAAAGCCGUUGAGUCCACCUUCUGGCUGGCCGAGAUGCUCCAGCAAUUCUUCCUCGCUUUCGUCAAGUUUGACGUCCUCCUUCUUGAUGAUGAGCCCUCGACACGGCGGCGCACCCCUGGGAAUGCCGGAUGUUCAGGAGAAUUGUCUUCAAGUUAAUCGUUCCAGCUGUAAUGCACUGGUCCAUCCUUUUAACCCAUCUCCCUGUCCUCCGUAUGGAUUAAUCUCGCUGUUGUUCUUUUUU